ACUAUAAGAGCAUCUGCACCCACUUCUUCACUCUCUCUUCUCUCUCUCUCUCUCUCUCUCUCUCCUCUUAAAAGGAGCCAAAGAAAACCAAAGCAAGACCCCUUCUCUUGCUGGCUCCAACUCCAACUUCCUCAAUGGAACCCCAGCCGCCGCCGCCCACGGCUGCUCCGCCGAUGGCGGCGCCGGCGCAACCAUCACCACCAGCACAGCAACAACAGCAACAGGCUCACCACCACCUGAGCUACGCGGACUCGGUGGACUCCUCCCCAAGGUCCCGCAACACCGACUCCUGGGACGAGCCAAUCCCUCCCGGCGGCGGAAGACUCCGGCUGAUGUGCAGUUACGGCGGACACAUCAUCCCCCGCCCUCACGACAAGUCCCUCUGCUACGUCGGCGGCGAGACCCGUAUCGUCGUCGUGGAUAAAAACACUUCUCUAUCCGACCUCUCGGCUCGGCUCUCGAAAACCCUCCUUGGAGGAAGGUCCUUCACCCUCAAGUACCAGCUCCCCAGCGAGGACCUCGAUUCUCUCAUCUCCGUCACCACCGACGAAGAUCUCGACAACAUGAUCGACGAGUACGAUCGUACCGCCUCCACCGCCGCCAAGCCGUCGAGGAUUCGGCUCUUCCUCUUCGCGUCGAAGCCCGAGUCUUCGCAGUCGAUCGGGCCGAUCCUCGACAACCCGGCCAAGUCCGAGGAUUGGUUCCUCAACGCCCUAAACGGCGCUGCUGGGAUGCUCAACCGAGGGUUUUCUGAUUCGGCUUCUGUCGAUUGCUUGCUCGGUCUUGAUGACGUCGUUGCCGGCGGCAGCGGCGGCGGCGGCGGCGGCGGGAGCUUGAGUAACGUGGAUUCUGGUGGUUCGAGAGAGAUGGUGGAGGGGGCUUCGCAGGCGAAGAAUGCGAAGCAGGAUGUUCAUUCGGUGCCGGAUUCGCCGAUGCUGGAAACGACGUCAUCGUUUGGAUCGACUUCUUCAACGCCGUCGCUGGCGAAUUUGCCGCCGAUUAGGGUUCAUGUGGAGGAAGGGGUUAGGGCUGUGCAGGAUCAGAAGGUGGGGAUGAUCGAGGACCAGUUUGCGCAGAUGAGCGUCCUCGCUCAACCCGGGCUUAGGCCGGAAGAGACUGGCGGCGCCGGCGCCGGCUUUGUUAUCCUGUCUUCGCCUCCGCCGAUGCCCCCGGCUGCGAUCAUCGCCCCCGCCGUGCCUGUUAGCUCCGAUUACGUUACGGCGAAUCGAGAUCGAGUUAUCUCCGACGAUGAGCGAUCGGACCACGGCGUGCCUAUCGGGUACCGGAAACCGCAGCCGCAGGCUCAGCCGCCUCCUCAGUCUCAGCAAAAGUCCACUGCCGUACUUGAUUUGCCUUCCCCUGAUUCGGUUUCGAGUGAUAGUAGUUUUGGAAAUACAAUACCUCGCCCAAAACCUGUAAUUUAUCAUCAUCAACAAGACCCCGUUGUUCAAAGCCCCACCACUACCACUAGAAUUCCUUCGAACCCUGUUGUUGAUCCUAUAAUGAACAUUUCUGAUCCAAACACUAGGCUUCAAUUGCAACAACAACAACAACAACAACAACAACAACAACAAAAUCAAGAUUCUGGGUAUGUCUUACAACCCCAAUUUGAACCAAAACAACAACAACAACAACAACCACAAGCACAGCCACAACAAUAUAUACACCCCGGUGCCCAUUAUAUACACCAUCAUCCUGCUGGAACUGUACCCAUCUCCGCAUAUUAUCCUGUAUAUACUUCCCAGCAGCAACACCACCCACACCAUCACCACCAGAUUGAUCAGCAAUACCCUGUCUACUAUGUGCCUGCAAGACAGCCCCAACAAGCUUACAACAAUUUGUCUGUACAACAACAACAACCCAAUAUGAGUGAAGCUUCUACUGGCAUGAUCCCAUCUAGCCACCCCCAAACACAUCCCAACCCUGCCAUGGUGCCUCCCCCUGGGGCGGCUUACAACCCCGUAAGGAAUGCCCCAAUGGGAAAGCCCGAAAUUGCCGCGGGCGUGUACAGAACGGCAACCACAGUUGCUCCUCCGUCUUUGGUUCAGGUUCCUUCUGCUCAGCAUCAUCAUCAUCAUCAGCAGCAGCAGCAGCAGCAGCAGCAGCAGUACGUUGGUUAUUCUCAGAUUCAUCAUCACCCAUCUCAGUCUGUUGCUCCCGGUUCCGCAGCGAAUUACGGGUAUGAGUAUGCUGAUCCUGGUCAUGCCCCCCAGAUUUACUACACUCAGCCUCUUGCUCACACGAUGACUUCUCAGUAUCAAACCAUGACUGGGACUGCUGCUGCGGUCGUGAUGCCAGAGGUUUCGGGGCAGCUUCCCGCUGACAACAUGAAGCAGCAGAUGAGAACGUCACAGCCAUUAUAAGAAUGAAAGAAAGAAAGAAAGAAAGAAAAAAGAAAGUAAGAAACAAUUUUGAAGGAACGGUUUGUGUUUUUUCCACCUUUUUUAUUUUUCUGCUUUUAGAGUCUGCAUUGUUGUUGACUUGUUGGUACUGGAUUGUGGUAUGUAUUUGUGAUAGAUAAUAAGGGAACUCUGGUGGUCGUCUGGAACUCUUUCUUCUUCUUGUACGUCAUGUUGUUGUUUAUUGUCAUAGGAAAUGGAAGUGGUCUGAGAUUAUACUGUAAAAGAUGAAAGAACUUUACAUCUUGGUCGCAUGUGCUGUUCAUAUACAUGGGGUUACUGAAUAAAUGUUCUAUAAGCAGCAAUAGCUUCUCAUUCAA